GGGACGUCGUGCUGCGAAAGACGCCGCUGUUAUACGUCACUUCCACGGCUCAGCGUUAGGCAAGUUGACCACACUGUUGUAAGUUAGCGGUUAAGGUUAGCUAUUAUUGCCACUUUUCCAGCGCUAAAGGCUGUUUUGGAACCAGUGUUGUUUGUUCCGCGGGUGAUUGGCUUUUUUUCUGCAAACCAGUUAUUCAAGUUUCUGGUCUUUAAAAAAACUCUGUGGCGGUACGGUAGCCGAGGAGGUUCCAGCGCGGCGGAAGUACCCCGCGGGUGGGUGUGUGCGCAAGGCCAGGGCCAGAGGGGCACGUGGCGCCGGGAGGAGAGAGAAUGUCUUUUCGAGGCGGAGGUCGUGGAGGCUUUAAUCGAGGUGGUGGAGGUGGCGGCUUCAACCGAGGCGGCAGCAGCAACCACUUCCGAGGUGGAGGCGGCGGUGGAGGCGGCGGCAAUUUCAGAGGCGGCGGCAGGGGAGGAUUUGGACGAGGGGGUGGCCGCGGAGGCUUUAACAAAGGCCAAGACCAAGGACCUCCAGAACGUGUAGUCUUAUUAGGAGAGUUCCUGCAUCCCUGUGAAGAUGACAUAGUUUGUAAAUGUACCACAGAUGAAAAUAAGGUGCCUUAUUUCAAUGCUCCUGUUUACUUAGAAAACAAAGAACAAAUUGGAAAAGUGGAUGAAAUAUUUGGACAACUUAGAGAUUUUUAUUUUUCAGUUAAAUUGUCAGAAAACAUGAAGGCUUCAUCCUUUAAAAAACUACAGAAGUUUUAUAUAGACCCAUAUAAGCUGCUGCCACUGCAGAGGUUUUUACCUCGACCUCCAGGUGAGAAAGGACCUCCAAGAGGUGGUGGCAGGGGAGGCCGAGGAGGAGGAAGAGGAGGAGGUGGCAGAGGUGGUGGCAGAGGUGGUGGUUUUAGAGGUGGAAGAGGAGGUGGAGGUGGGGGCUUCAGAGGAGGAAGAGGUGGUGGUUUCAGAGGGAGAGGACAUUAAGUGAAACAGCUGACAGACAUCACCAGUUGACUUCUGCAUUAACCUGCAUGAUCUGUUUCUACUAUGGAUUGGAAACUUGUUUCUUGAACAAGUCUUGAAGAUCUUGGUCAUUUUAUGACAAUGGAUCUAAAAUGUCAGCAUCAUGCAAAGUGCAACGGAAUAGUGAAUUUUGCUCUAAAAGAGCAUGAACAAGUCUUUCUAAUGUUUUGUACAGUGCCUGGCACUCUGUGGGUGCUCAAUAAAUGGAUAGUUUUCAUUUGAAGCAUAUUUGAAUUUUUAAAAUAAAGUGUUUUAUUCCCUUAA